AUGGAUUCGAAAAAUCAUUCAAUGGAAUUGGAAGAUCCAAUUUUCUCUGAAGAAGCAGGAGAAGAGUGCGGAUUGGGAGUACAAAUCAACCACACCUUAUUCGACAAAACUUAUUUUCAGGUAAGUCAAACAUUUAGCAGCAAAAAUGAGCUAAAAUUAUUGCCGUACAUAGCAGCUGUGAGAAAUUCUUUUGAUUAUGCUACGUUGAAAAGUUGCAGCAAAUUCUUCAAGGUAAAAUGUGUUUGUCCUAGCUGCGCGUGGAUGUUGUGGGUGAAGAAGUAUGAAUUGUCGAACAGAUUUGUCAUCUAUAAAUAUGUCGGCGAUCACAGUUGCGGUGUUGAAUACGCCAUGUGCAGCCAUAGGGGAUUUGCCUAUAUGAGAAAGGUUAUUGCGGUUGAUGGUACUCAUUUAUACAAUAAGUACGAGGGCGUGCUGCUAAGCGCAGUUGCACAGGAUACGAAGAACUAUAUUUAUCCCAUUACCUUUUACGUCAUUGAUAAGGAGAAUGAUGCAUCUUGGAUGUUCUUUUUUGAGAAGCUAAAGUGUAUUGUGGUCGAUGGACCAGAUUUGUGCUUUAUCUCCGAUAAGCACAAGAGCAUCACCAACGACAUCACGAAGGCUUAUAACCAUGCUCAUUACGGAUACUGCAUGAGGCACCUAGGUGAAAAUCUCUGGGUAAAUCACCACUGCGGAGAACACCUCUAUCUAUUCUACAACGCGGCAAAGGCAUAUUCUCACGAGGAGUUUAGCUAUCAUUUUUUGGAAUUCAAGAACUACUAUCCUGAGGCAGCUUUUAUCCUCGAGCAUGAGCUUAGUUUUGAGAAAUGGAGUAGGGCAUAUUUCCCCGGCAAUAGAUUUGAUGUGAUGACCAUAAAUAUUGUUGAGUUGGUGAAUGCUAUUUUGAUUGCCGAAAGAGAGAACCCCGUGGCAUCCAUAUUCAAUUCGAUUGCUAAGAUGUUUGGUGAUAUAUUCAGGGAGAGGCAUGCAUACAUCCUCAAAUAUAAGGAUAACAAAUUUUUGCCAGCCACCGAAAAGAUCUUAAGGGAUAAUACGAGCGAGGGCGACUCCUUCUAUGUGGAGAAUGUAAGUGGGAACAAAAUCCAAUUCACGGUGUUUGGCAGUGGCUGUACGGCUAAAGUUGACCUACUGGAAAGGUCGUGUUCUUUCAGAAAGUUUGACCUGAUCAAAAUACCAUGCGAUCAUGCGAUGGCCGUUUUGCGAUUGAAGCAUGGUGAUGAUUAUGGUUUAAGAGUCUAUGAUUACUCUUUGCCCGUGUAUAAAGUGGAAGAGUACCUCUUUGCGUAUUCGGAAUCAAUUAAUGUUGUCCCUUUAGAGUCCGAAUGGCGCGUGCCAGAAGAAUUUCUAGACGUGAACAUUAUUACACCUUUCGUGGUCACCAAGCUCAGAAGGAAGAAAAUAAAAUGUGUUAAGGGUGUGGGUGAGACUUUCAAGUCGAAGAGGAGGAACAAAUGUUCACUGUGCAAGAGACCCGAGCUCAAGAGAACCACUUGUAACAACAACAAAUCAUAG